UUCAUAUCAGAGGAAAGCAACCACAUUUAGAACCAGAACGCGGUAUCAGAACAUCGCUUAUUACUGUAAAAUAUCGGUCUCCUAUAAAGAAGCAUCAUCUUCGGAAAACAUGAAGAUUUUCAUUCUUCUCAGCUUUAUCACCUUAGCUUCUGCCGCCACUGACCCUGAAUGUAGCAGCCACGAUCACGAUAUUUACGGGUGUUCCGGAGAAUGUAUCACUACGGGAUCCUGCCCAGCUGGUAAAUACCAGAGUAACCUCUGUCCUACCCAACCCAACGAUGUCAAAUGCUGCUUUACAGCGGAUACUGAUUCGGAGUGUGCCGAAUACAACCACGCGACAUAUGGCCAGGUGGGGAAGUGCGUAGCCACUUCUCAGUGCCCUUAUAACAACUACAUAUCCAACCUGUGUCCAUCCAAGGCAGCCGAUGUCAAGUGCUGCUUCAGCAAACCUUCAGGAACAUGCGGCGGUGGAGGAGGAGGAACUCGACAGGACUUAGCCUGUGAAAUAUUGAACCACCCAGGAGUAGAUCUCUUAUCUAAUAAUGGUUACCUCAACCCUGACGGAUGGAAUGAUGGAGCAGAUGCUUUAUCUAACAUCAGAGAUACCUGUAAUGGUGGCGCUGCUAAAAGAUCAACGUACUGUUGUAGCUCUGGAUGCUGCCCCGGGGGUUCUGUGUAUCUUUCAACUAGUGUUCUCAGUUACAUCUUAGACUUACUCAACAAUGGCUACAAUCUUCAGGUCAACACACUUGCUGGAGCGUGUCACUCUCAAAACUCUUGGCAUUAUUCCGGUACAGCAGUGGACUUCCAGAUUUUUUCUGGCAGUCCUUAUUCAACUUGGAUGAGCUAUUGUUCCGCCCAUGGAGCUCGAGAGAACCUAGGUCCGGGUUACCCCGGGCAUGACACUCAUACCCACUGCGCCUUCUCAUCAUAAAAUGGGCAGAGGCCUGGCAAAGACCUUCACGGACGUCUAAAAAAAUCUAAAAAUAUAAUCACGGAUACGAUCAUGUUCAUGAUAAUGCUUAACUAUUCAGUCGUAUUAGAAAAUUAAUGGAAAAUAAUUCAUAUCACCUUUAUUCAAAAUGAUCAUCAUGAUCAAAGAAUAUAUCUCCUGUGAUCAUGGUGAUAGUUAUUAUCAAUCCUUGUCAAUUAUUCAAAUGUGUUCUAUCUUGGUUGGUAUUUCUUGUACCAAAAUCGUUUUCCAGUGAAGGAUGUACGUUUUAAUUAUCAUUGUUUAAUUUUAGGUAGUCCUGAUUAUGCUUAUUCAGAAUAAAUGUUUGAAAUGAUGAAUGUAAAGGGGUUGCUCAGUGCUCAAGUCAAAAGCUCAUAGUCUUAUAUGAAUUAUCAAUGACCUCUUUUUCCCAUUUUAGGGCAUUUACAUUAUCUCGGUUUUUUUUUCAGAGGGUUGUGUAGGCCUAAUACCCUGUAUACCAAAAGAAUUCAUCCUCCAGAUUGCAUUGAUCAAGGACUGUCAAGUAAUUUUAUAAUAUAAGAUUGCAAGAUUUUAUUGAUUCUAUCGACCCCCUCUCGGGGAAUGAGAGUAAGAACAUAACAUGAAUACAACAACAUAAAUGAUAAUGUAUACAUGUACGCCCUGGACCUGUGAAAAUAAAAGAUAACAUAUUUACAAAUUUGACGUUUGACUAUAAUACUUUUCUACUAUGUGUACACAUAUUCUCAUCUACUUUACUUCUUUAAAACUACUGUCUGUCUUCUUUGG